ACACAAACAAAAAAAAAGAAAACAAGAAAAUCAAGAAAACAAGAAAAUAAGAAAGAAUAAAAUGGUGGAAAUACAAUCAAGGAUUUAUAAAAGUGAAUUCGAUUCUGUUGAAGAUGCCCUUAAGGAUUUUGCUGAAAACAAGUUUGUCAUUGUGAUGGAUAACGAGGAUCGAGAAAACGAAGGAGACUUGAUUAUUGCAGCAGAAAAGAUUACAACAGAGCAAAUGGCUUUUUUAAUUCGUUAUUCAAGUGGUUAUGUCUGUGCUCCUACAACAGCUGAACGUUUAAACGAACUUAAAUUGCCAUUAAUGGUAGAAAAGAAUACAGAACUAAUGAGAACAGCUUAUACUAUUUCUUGUGAUUAUGCACAUGGUACAACAACAGGUAUCUCUGCUCAUGAUAGAGCUUUGACAUGUCGUAAGUUAGCAGAUCCCAAUAGUCGACCAGACGAUUUUAUGCGUCCUGGACAUAUCCUUCCUCUUCGUUCUGUUCCUGGUGGUACCUUUAAUCGUUUUGGUCAUACUGAGGCAGCCGUUGAUUUAUGUCAAUUAGCAGGGCUUGCACCUGUUGCUUGUAUUGGUGAAUUGGUAAAAGAAGAUGAUAUUGAAGGAAAUAUGGCAAGAAGAGAUGAUUGUUUUGCAUUUGCUAAGAAACAUAAUAUUAAAAUGAUUACGAUCAAGGAUAUCAUUGCUUAUAAAAGAUUACAUCAGCAAAACGUUAUAUAAUAACUUAGAAACGAAAAAAAAGAAAAAAAUUAGAGGAAUUGUGUAAUAGUAUUGGUAAUAAAAAAUUCCUUCCAUAUAUAAUUAUAAUAAAGAUGUAUUCAUAUUUUGGUUGUUGUAUUUGUUUAUCAUAUGUGUAUUAUGUAAUACUAUUUUUUUUUUUUAAAAAAAAAUCUCUAUAAAAAUAAUUCAUGUCCUCUAGCUUGUGCAUAUUGCUUUCUUGAAAGUGAAUGCUUAGCAACUUCUACAUCUGUUUUAAUAUCUCUUAU